UCCCUUUUCCUACUCUUCCGUAUUGUUACGUUUUGUUACAAUGAAUGUGUUUACAGCUGAUCUAGAAACAGUUACUUUGUUUAACAGAAAGCGUUUGAGGUAGCGAUUUUUGGUGGGUAGAGCUGGUCGUAGAUCAGCUUUUCAAUAAUAUCCGGGACUCUCGUGUGACAGUCAGCUGAUAUAGUAUUAGGUGUGUUUCUAUAUAUUUUUUCCCCUCAGUACAGUACUCCAGAUAGAUCUAGUUGCAAUUAGAUUUGGUGAUUUAACAAUAGUCUAAAACCAACCGGUAAGAACUGGUAUUUGGUUUGAAAAAAUGGCAGCACACCCGCCAAAGACAAAGAUUCUGAUAAGUGCAAAUAAAAGGUUGCAAAACCUGAAAGAGGCCUUCGAGAAAAAGUAUGGAGAAGCACCUCUUUUUUAUGCACAAGCUCCUGGAAGAGUCAAUCUAAUAGGAGAACACAUUGACUACUGUGGUUAUGCUGUGCUCCCAAUGGCUAUUGAGCAGAGUAUUCUUGCUGCGGUCACUGUCAAUGAUUCCAAGAAAAUCUACCUGGCCAACACAGAACCUAAAUACAAGGACUUUACAGUCUCUUCAGAAGAUAUUGAGAUAGACAAGGACAAUCCUCAGUGGUACUAUUACUUUCUCUGUGGGGUGAAAGGGAUUCAGGAGCACCUAGGGAAGGUUCCUCUGUCUGGGAUGAAGUGUGUUGUGGACGGGACCAUCCCGGCUAGCUCAGGCCUGUCCAGCUCCAGUGCCCUGGUCUGCUGUGCUGCGCUCCUCACUAUGGAGGUUAACCACAAGUCCCUCAACAAGGUGGCGCUGGCAGAGAUUUCAGCCAAGUGUGAGCGCUACAUUGGCACUGAGGGUGGGGGCAUGGACCAGUCCAUCUCAUUCCUGGCAGAGGAAGGAACUGCCAAGCUGAUUGAGUUCCACCCUCUGCGGGCGUCUGACGUACGUCUCCCUGAGGGAGCAGUGUUUGUUAUCUCUAACUGCUGUGUUGAGAUGAACAAGGCUGCUACCUCUCACUUCAACAUCCGGGUGGUCGAGUGUCGGAUAGCCACCAAGAUGUUGGCGAAGGCUCGGGGGCUAGAGUGGGGUCGGCUGCUGAAGCUGUCCCAGGUGCAGACAGAGCUGGAGGCCUCUCUGGAGGAGAUGCUGCGGCUGGUGGCUGAGGUGCUGCACCCUGAGCCCUACAGCAGAGAGGAGGUAUGCAAGGCCCUGGGAAUCACCACAGAACAGCUCUGUACAGACCUCCUUAGCCCCAACACACAGCACGUGGCCCAGUUCAAGCUGUACCAGCGUGCCAGGCAUGUAUACGGCGAGGCGGCACGGGUACUGCGGUUCAAGAGCGUGUGUGAUGAAGCUCCCUCUGCACCGAACGGCGUGCAGCGUCUAGGAGACCUGAUGAAGCAGAGCCAUGCUAGCUGCAGAGACCUGUACGAGUGCAGCUGUCCAGAACUGGACCGGCUGGUAGAGAUAUGUCUGCAGUCUGGUGCGGUGGGAUCCCGGCUGACCGGAGCAGGCUGGGGGGGCUGUGCUGUCUCCAUGGUCCCCACUGAGAAGGUGGAGUCUUUCCUGAAGAGCGUCAGAGAGUUGUACUACACGGCAGACCCACGCAGAGCCGAGCUAGAGAAACACAGUCUGUUUGUCACCAAGCCUGGUGGAGGGGCGGCCAUCUUCCUUGAAGACUGAAGUCAAAAAAUGCUUCUCUUUACAAUUUUGAGGUGAAAUGUCUUCCUUGACGUUUCACCUUUUCAGUAUUUUUAUACUAUUAUUUUAGUCGUGACUCUAUGACUAAUUCUCAAAAUGACACCGUUGAUGAUUCUGGAAUUUCAAGGGAAGUGAUAAUCAAAGCUAGUCUGCUCCCAGAUCUGUUGGCUCCGUCUAUAGCCUGGUCCCAGAUCUGUUGGCUCCGUCUAUAGCCUGGUCCCAGAUCUGUUGGCUCCGUCUAUAGCCUGGUCCCAGAUCUGUUGGCUCCGUCUAUAGCCUGGUCCCAGAUCUGUUGUCUCCUUCUAUAGCCUGGUCCUGGAUCUGUUGGCUCUGUCUAUAGCCUGGUCCCAGAUCUGUUGGCUCUGUCUAUAGCCUGGUCCCAGAUCUGUUUUCUCCUUCUAUAGCCUGAUUCUAGAUCUGUUUUCUCCUUCUAUAGCCUGAUUCUAGAUCUGUUUUCUCCUUCUAGAAUCAGGCUAUAGAAGGAGAAAACAGAUCUAGAAUCAGGCUAUAGAAGGAGAAAACAGAUCUAGAAUCAGGCUAUAGAUCUGUUUUCUCCUUCUAUAGCCGGAUUCUAGAUCUGUUUGUCCUCUUGCCAACUUCAUUGCUUAAUUUUCAAGCCAAACAUGACAAGAAGUUGGCAUGAUAGCACAAAAAGACUGGCACUAUUUCAUAGGGGGGGAAAACUAUGACAUUUUAUAAUUUGGAACUCAAGUUAAAACGAAUGAUUUCAAGAUCAACUUCUUUACAAGAAAGGGGCCUUUUCUUUAUUCUGUGAGUGUAAUGAUUUCAGUUCAAAUGGGACAGUGCUGUCUAUAUAAAAGACAAUAAUUUUCCACACAGUGCAGUACGACUUUCCUUCCAUUGCUGUCUGUGUUUGUGUUGUAUGUUUUGAAGGAAUUAAGGAGUAAAAGGGCUUUUGUUUACGUUUUGUCUGUCUGUUCCGUUUGCAUUAUCUCUACAGAAACAGACAACAAACACAAUAUGAACAGCUGUAUAUUUGUGUGUAUAUAUAUAAAAACAAAAAACGCA